CUCCAAUUAGGGAGGAAGGGGGGUGAGAAAGCCAGAAAAAGUUUCUUUCCCGGAGUCCCAAACGGGGUGUGUGACGGAAGGAGGGAGACAGGCCAGGGGCCCGGGGCUCCGUGGGACCCUGAUCGCCGGGCGCAGCCCCCGUUCCAGGCCAUGUCGGGGCCCACCUGGCUUCCCCCCAGGCAGCCAGAGCCCCCCCGAGCCCCUCAGGGGCGAGCUCUCCCCCGAGGCGCGCCGGGGCCGCCGCCAGCCCACGGAGCGGCGCUCCAGCCCCACCCCAGGGUCAAUUUUUGCCCCGUCCCGGCUGAGCAGUGUUACCAGGUCCCCGGGGGAUUGGAGGAUCGGGGGCCGGCCUGGGUGGGGUGCCGUGGAGCACCCCCGCGCUCGCAGGGACUCCCCCCAGACCGGGGCCGGCUGCACCCAGGAAGUCUGGAUGCCGAGAUAGAUUCCCUCACUAACAUGUUGGCCGAGCUGGAUGGGGGUCGAGGCCAUGCCCCACGGCGGCCUGACCGGCAGGUCUAUGAGCCCACUCAGCCCCCUGCCUACCGCCCUGGCGCAGGCUCCCUGAAGCUGAAUGGAGGGGGUGUUCCUCCCCCGCUGCUCCCAGCAUCCCCCUAUGGGGGCCCCACUCCAGCCUCCUAUGCUACAGCCAGCACUCCUGCUGGCCCUGCCUUUCCUGUGCAAGUGAAGGUGGCACAGCCAGUGAGAGGCUGUGGCCCUCCAAGGGGGGGACCCUCUCAGGCCUCAGGGCCCCUGCUGGGCCCCCACUUUCCUCUCCCAGGCCGAGGUGAAGUCUGGGGGGCUGGCUAUAGGAGCCACCGAGAGCCAGGGCUUGGGAGUAAAGAGGAGGUCGCUGGGAGCUCCAGUCCUCUAGGAGGAGGAAGAGGAAGUGGGUACGGGCACCAGGGUCCCCUGAGCCAGCCUCCUGAGGAGGAGCUCGAGAGGCUGACCAAGAAGCUGGUGCAUGACAUGAGCCACCCGCCCAACGGGGAGUACUUCGGCCGAUGUGGGGGCUGCGGAGAAGAUGUGGUUGGGGAUGGGGCCGGGGUUGUCGCCCUGGACCGCGUCUUCCACGUUGGCUGCUUUGUGUGUUCUACGUGCCGUGCCCAGCUCCGGGGCCAGCAUUUCUAUGCCGUGGAGAGGAGGGCGUAUUGUGAGAGCUGCUAUGUGGCCACCUUGGAGAAGUGCUCCAAAUGCUCUCAACCCAUCCUGGACCGGAUCCUUCGGGCUAUGGGGAAGGCUUACCACCCUGGCUGCUUCACCUGCGUGGUGUGCCACCGUGGACUUGAUGGCAUUCCGUUCACGGUGGAUGCCACCAGCCAGAUCCACUGCAUUGAGGACUUCCACAGGAAGUUUGCUCCACGAUGUUCAGUGUGUGGUGGGGCCAUCAUGCCUGAGCCCGGGCAGGAGGAGACUGUGCGAAUUGUUGCUCUGGAUCGCAGUUUUCACAUCGGCUGUUACAAGUGUGAGGAGUGUGGGUUGCUGCUCUCCUCUGAGGGUGAAUGUCAGGGCUGCUACCCCCUUGAUGGGCACAUCUUGUGCAAAGCCUGCAGUGCCUGGCGUAUCCAGGAGCUCUCAGCCACCGUCACCACUGACUGCUGAGUCUUCCCAGAAGCACCUGCUGCAUUCUCCCUUCCCAUCUACCACCUUCCUUGACAUCUACGUUUACAACUCUGCCACCAAGUACUGUCUCCUCUUCCUCCAAUCAUGAAAUAAUAAUCUCGCAAGAGUUUACAAGACA